AAACUAUUUCAUACAGUCCUGAUUUUCUAGUCGUGAACGCGAACAAACGUGGGGACAAUCGAAUGUGUUUGAACACAAAACUACAGAAUCUCUUAGUAAAAUCUGAGAACCAUACAAAUUUAGAUUUCUCGAAUCUCUAUGACCUUUAAUACCCUGGUAACCAGUUAAACGAAACAGUACAAAUAUCAAAGUUAAUCAAUUAUUUGUUUAUUUAUUUAUAGUAUUCUGUUUCAAUUUUGAAUUAAAUUAACAUUUUUCAAUUAAAAAGAACAAAUAAACAUUAAUUAUGACAAAUGUAUCAUUAAGACUUUAUAUUGAAACUGAUGAUACUGAGUAUCCAGGAUUGAAGAGAUUAAAAUUACAAGGAAAAGAUUUAGAAAAUGUACCAGCUGAAUUGUUCAUGUUAAGAGAAUUACAAGUAUUAGAUAUGAGUCCAGAAAGACAACCAUCAUUAACUUAUAAAUUGUUAGAACUUCCGUCAGAUAUUGGUUAUUUAAUUAAUCUUAGAAUAUUAAUAUUGGAUACAAAUGAAUUGCAUAGUCUACCGUCUGAAAUUGGUUCAUUAACACAAUUAGAAAAAUUAUCUGCAUCAAAUAAUCAACUGAAAAGUCUACCUACAUCAAUGGAGAGAUUAAAGCAAAUGAAAAGUCUACAUUUGGCGAAUAAUUUAUUCGCUGAAUUUCCUAAACCAAUAUUGAAAUUAACGAAGUUGGAGUUCUUAGAUUUAAGUAGUAAUCAUUUGGAAACUUUACCAUCAUCUAUAACUGAAUUAAUCAAUUUAGAAAGUUUAUUAUUAUUCGACAAUCGUUUGACCAGUUUACCAGAGGAUAUUGGUGAAUUACGAAAUAUAAGAUGUUUAUGGUUGGGUGAUAACAGACUGGAAAGUUUGCCACAAUCCAUUGUUGAACUACGUGGAUUGAUAUGGUCACCAUUAUUAUCGCCAAGUACAACAGUUGGUGGAAACCCUUUAAAAGAUCCACCGAUUAAAGUAUGCAGUGCAGGACUAGAAGAACUGGAUAGAUAUUUCGGUGUGGAAAUAAUUAAAUGAAUCUACGCGUGCAAACAAAAAGAAUUCUGUAACAAUUAUACACCAUAAAUGACUAGUACUUAUCUAGACAAAAUUCAUUUCUCAGUUGAACAUGAUAAACAAUUUAUUGAUAUUUUCAAUGAUAUAUAUAUAUAUACUACUCACUUGUCGAAAUUAUGCUUACUAACAAGACUAUGAAUACGCACUGAAUAGCAAUCUAGCUAAAUUUCGCAUAUCUCACUAGACUUGUUUUUGAUGACUACACCAUAAUAGUCAGUAGCUUUGUGUAACGACGUAAGUUUGGAUUGAGUCAAUAGGAACAUAAGUUAUUCUGUGUGGUGUUUCAUCAUAAGUAAUCUACCAUUAAUUUUAGAGAUGACAUGACAUUUGCAAACUAAGCACCCAACAAAAAACCUAUUAAUGUAUGAACUGAGAUAAGAACAUUUCAAACUAAUAUCAUAUUGGAUGUAAAGUAUUUCCUUUAAUGAGAUUGAAAGCAUAGGUUUGCCUAUGUUUUCUGUUUGACACAUAAGGGAAGAAUGAAGAUGUGACAUUAUUGCUUUUGACACAAUUAUGCAGUUCCGAAUAGGGUUACGAGCUGAACAACUUUUCUUUGCAGUUUUCGAACUAUUUUUGCUAGUCAAAUGUACAAAAGACACUCUGAACUUGUGUUAUUGAGUGACACAGUAUUUCUCCACAUAACUCUUCAAAUUGUACCAAAAAAGUAUUGAUUUUAGAUGCAAGUUUGUGGACUGUUAAAAAUAUUGAAUUGAUUGACGUUAGAUAUGAUAAUUUAAUGGUAAUUAUGAUACGUUUAAGCGACUUUAGAACUAUUUUAAUUAGCUAUUAAUAUAUAUUUUUAAAUACCUAUAACUUUUGGCUAUUUCCCGAUAAUUUACGUAAAUACAAUUUACAAAAAAUAUUUUGUUUUGUAUUCUUGUUUUCUUAAGCUUCUAAAGUUCACAUGAUGACAGAAGCUUAAGAAGUGAGAUAUAGAACUUACUCAUUUGCAUAAUCAUAUAAAUUAGACAAAAUGACUAGUUCCAACCAGUAUAAAAAAUGACAUCUUACAAACUCUUUUAUUUUUACAAGUAGUUAAAUUGGCAAAAAAAUAAAAUCCAUAAUUACACAACACCACACCCAUUGUAAGUACUAAGUCCAUUUAAGAGAUGGGUUAGGAAUUUAAUUUACUACUUAGUUAUGAUAUACAAUAAUUUGUACAACAACAAAACAACUACACCAUACCUAACAAUCCUUCCAAUUGAAAUGUUUAUUUUUCUUAGUUCUUAAUAGAUUCAAUUGAAAUCACG